AUGGGUGGCAGGGCCCAGUCCGUCCAGCGCGCUCAGACAGACAAUUGCCUCCUCCCCUCCCCAUGGUACGGUUACCUUACCACCGACCAGUCCGUCGGAUCCUCGGGGCCAACUGACGCGCCCAAAGAGACAUCCUGGCGGCGGCAAAUGGAUCAGACGCGGCCGCUGAAACUCGAUCAUGGCGCUCUGACUCCUAUUGCUAUUGCCAUUGCAUCCUACUCCCUUCCCUCCAUCUUCCCUCCAGCUCUCAACGCUAUUCCGCGCUCCUAG